GUGUCCAUCUUUCUCUUCUCUCUAUAUAUAAAUAAAUAAUAUAAGAUACUCACACAAAUGCGUCUCAAGAGCUAAUAAUAUUUCGUGUAGACGAAAAUGGCGGAUCUUCAAACAGUUUGCUCCAUGUGUGGUGAUGUGGGCUUUCCGGACAAACUUUUUCGUUGCUCCAAGUGUCACCACCGGUUUCAGCACUCGUAUUGUAGCAACUACUACAGCGAAUCGUCCGAGUCAAUACAAGUGUGUGAUUGGUGUCAAAGUGAAGGAGCAAGCUUGAGAAAUGGAGCUCGUAAACUAAUAAAUGAUAAUUUCGGAAUGGUCAAUAGAUCGGAAUAUUCGGGAGAUAAUAAAAUCAAGCAAAACGAUGAUAAAGGGGAAGAAAGUGGUACUACUGAAAAGGCAAAAAUGAAUCAUAAUGGGAGUCCUUCACCAAAGACAGCAACUCGUAGAUACAAGCUUCUUAAAGAUGUUAUGUGUUAAAAAAUAAUAAAUGCAAGUGUUUUAAUUUAUUUAGUGUGUUUCUUUUGCCUAUUAAUUUCUACAAAUAAUUAAGUCAAAACGAAAUUUUGUGGCAGUAUAAUUUUUGGUGUUCAAUAUUUUGUAUCCAUAUUUUUUAUUGCUAUUAAAUUCUUUAUUUGA